CCAGCGUUGUGCGAGAGCCGCGGGCCCACACGGCGCCGUAGCAAGCCGGGGCAGCCAUGUCCGAGUUCCCGGGCCUGGAAAAAUGGUACCUCCAGAAGAAGCCGACCCUAUCCAUCCAGGAUGUGGCCCUCUGGCAGAUGCUGCCGCCCCACCCCCAACGCACGAAGACGCCGGCGGUCUUACGGGUCGCGCUGUGGAACGGCCACGUGCGGGACGUGCCCGUGCCAGAUCGGUCCAUGACCGCGGGGGAUGUUAUACGGAUCAUCUGCGCCACUGAAAUCCACAACCCGCCGUACGACGAGACGCGGUUGUGCGUGGACGGGAAUCCCGUGGCGCCCUUCCGGAGCAUCAUUCAUUGCUUCGACGGGACGUACAAGACAGAACAGCCGAAACACCUAAUCAACGAGGACGGCUCCUUACAAUGUUCGAUCAUCAUCGACCCGUGCCCCGCCGUCGCGUCAGGUAUUCAACACCUCGAGCCCUGGAAACGAAUGAGAGACGCGGACGACGCGUCGGACGUGGCGCAUCGAACGCAAAUAUACCACGCUUUACGUGAAGGACGUCCACUCCCGCAGCGGCCCGAGGUCCUCGAACCACACCUGAUGAAGCCCCCGAACCACUUCGAGCGAGAUUCUUCAGACCCCGAGCCCCACUCGUCCAAGCUACGCUUCGACAUGUUCAUGAAGCGGCGCCACGAGCCGAACCAGAAACUGUUGGAACGGGGCCGAGGUUUGAUAGCAGGUCGCAAUGAAAAUAAAGUACGGCCCCUUAGAUCUGGAAGGUGGAAGGAGAGCUUUCCCAAGAAGGUGCCUUGCUCGUACCGAUGGAACGAGAAGAACUUCAUGGACGAGGACACGGGGAAGCUUUCCGCGGACCCGUCGACGAUCGACGAAUUAUAUAAACCCUUCCUCAUGUCGGCGAAGGAAAGGCGGCAGCGGUCGCGCGGCGGGAAGCGCGUGUCGAUGGCUGACACAGACCGUCCGCAGACGCGCGGCGGUACAGCCGUUUCUGAAAAACGCGACGCGGCGGCGGACCCGCUCUCGCCCGGCGACCAGGAAAGUAUCGACACGUUGCACGGGCGGCAUCGCCGGGCGACGGUGCCGCGGGCGAUGCCCUGAUGGCGUAAGAGGUG